AUGACUGACCAUGAGCUGUCACCGGAUUCCGGCUCUGGCGGGCCGAGCCCUAUUUCGGACCACCAGGAUGACCAGCAGUCUGCCGAGGACGUCUCGGUCAAAGCAGAACAGGGUGACGAGAACACUACAGGGUCCAAUCAGACAGUACAGAUGCCCGUUCAGAAGCGGCGACGUGUCACACGUGCCUGUGAUGAAUGCCGGCGCAAGAAGAUCAAGUGCGAUGGCAAGCAGCCAUGCACACACUGCUCUGUAUACAGCUACGAGUGUACAUAUGACAAGCCUUCCAACCGAAGGCGGAACCCUGCUCCUCAGUACAUCGAGGCCCUCGAGAACAAGCUGGCACGCGCAGAGGCAACCCUGCGCAAAAUCGAGAACGACAAAGAUUACAAGCUGCGAAGACCCGACAAGAAAAAUGCCAAGGAGGCGGAGCAACAGACAGCCCAAAUAAUGUCCAUGAUCGAGACCUUGGGCCAGCUAGACCUCACAGAGGGCGGUGGAUGGGACUUCCGAGGCACCUCGUCCGGCGCCGUCUUCCUGAGGCGGAUGAAGGACCACUUCAGGGGCUUACUUGGCUAUGACUACCAGACUACUUUCCUCCCGCGACCGGCCCAGGUUCCAGGCUUGCUCAAGCUGGACUCACCGCAGUCGACAUCGGCCUCGACUCCCAUCGAUUCGAGAAGCUCAAACGUUUACGACCUACCUCCGAAGGAACGCGCUCGACAGCUGAGCUAUUGUGCGCUCUCGUGUGCAACAGCACUCCUGCGAAUUGUACACCGACCAUCUUUCUUUGAGAAGUUCGAGGAGUUGUACGAGAAACCGGCAGAUACGUUCGAGACAGAAGACAACCGAUUUCUUGGCCUGCUGUACGCGGUAAUGGCUGUGGGUUGUAUGUACAAUAUUGCUGAGGAGGAGAUUGACAACCAGGUGAACUACAGCGAAGCAACUGAGGAAGGGAUGGGCUAUUACACGUCGGCGAGAAUCCUGCUGCAAGACAUUACAGAGUGUCGGGAUCUGACCUCGUUACAGUCCCUACUGUUCUUGAUUCUGUUUCUGCAAGCGACUUCGAACCUAAGCGCGUGCUAUGCAUUCCUAGGCAUCGCUCUGCGCACCGCCCUCAGGAUGGGUCUGCACCGGCAUUUGCCCAAUGCCAACUUUACACCCCUCGUAAGCGAGUCGAGGAGACGCAUCUUUUACUUCAUCCGACAGCUGGAUAUCUACUGUUCAGCUCUCCUAGGAUUUCCGGUCUUGCUCCACGCAGAAGAUAUCGACCAGCAGUUGCCCUCAGAGAUCGACGACGAGUUCAUCACCGCGGAUAGCAUCACGACGCCCCCUCCUGACACUCCUGGGUCAUUCUUCCAAGCCUUCAAUGCACACUCGAGGCUCAUGGAAAUACUGAUGAAGGUCAUAAAAUACAUAUAUCCACUCAAGGGACUCGAAGACGCCGUUACAAGCUCGGAUGGUGACUCUAGCCCGACCUACAUGAUUGAAUAUCGUCGCAUAAAGGAGAUCGAGGGUGACCUUCAAGUGUGGCAUGAACAACUCCCACAGAGGUGGCGUCCCAGUGCCGAGGGACCCAUAGAAGUGAUGCGAGUUCGAACCUUGUUGCGAUUUGCGUACGCACAUGUGCAAAUGAUGCUGUACCGACCCUUCCUUCACUACAUUUCCCCAAGGUUGUCCGCCGGUGAAGUUGUCGACGAAAAGUACUACGCUUGCGCGGCUGCUGGAAUAAGCGUUUGCCGGAACAUCAUCCACAUAGCGAUGGAGAUCAAGAACCAGGCCCUCGUGGUCGGCCCAUUCUGGUCUAUGCUGUAUACUCAGUUCUUCGCCAUCCUGACUCUGGUAUUCUAUACUCUCGAAAACCCAGACAAGCCGGGCUCAGCAGAGAUAUUCGCCGAGGCCAAGGCCGGUCGAGAGAUGAUUGCCAAAAUGGCCCUGAGGAGCCUGGCAGCAGACCGCAUCACGAAAUCCCUAAGCACCUUGUGGGAGAAUCUUCCGGAGUCAGUGAAGCAAGGGAAGCCUAAAUCUGUGUCUACGAAGAAGCGGCCUGCGGCUGGGCCAAAACCGGGCCCUGUCCCGCUGUCUACUCACAAGACACCUCUUCCGACGAGCAGGGGCAGCGACACGCGAACAGGAGUCCCGCUAGCCUUCCGUUCUCCCAUGCAGGGUGGCAGGUCAUCGUCGCGAGGCUUCAGCGUGAACCCUUCCGAGCUACAUGCUCUGGAUGUGUCAGGUACAGGCGCAUCUGAUGCCGGAACCCCUUCGUCAAACCAGACGGCCGAGACCCCCUACAUCCCACAGCAUAGCAACACGCCGAACCAGGCCUUGACCCAGAGCCCGAACGACAUCUACAAAUUCGACGCCAUGAUGUUCUCAUCGGGCGAUCCCUUUGCCUACCCGAACCAACCGCUUGUCGAAGCACAGCCGCCGCAGAUGCCACCACCCCCUCAGGCCGACUCAAGCGGCUUCUACAUGGCCCCAGGCCUCUACGGCGGAAUAGAAGGGCAGUUGACUGGCCCUCUGCCUCCGUACCUUAUGCAACACCCGGCCGGACAGGCUGGCCUUGACCUAUCGGCACAGAUGUACCAGUCGCCCAGCUCGCUGGCUGCGCAGCAGUACCACGUCAGACAAGGCCACCACCACCAGCAGCAACAGCGACAGCAACAACAACAACAACAACAACAACAACAACAACAACAAGCUCACCCAGGAGUGGGCAGGGAAAUAGACGAAAUGAUGACGGACCCGGGUUUCAGCCGGAACUGGGACAUGUUCAACGCGAACUUCAAGCCGAUGUGA